UAGAGGGCUUUUCCAACCGCAAUGAUUCUGUGAUUCUUUGAUUCUACGAUUCCAGGAUGCUCUGAUUCUCCGGCUGCACCAACGCUAAAUUACAGCCUCUAACCCAGCCAGCCUGCCCAGCCCCAGCCGCCAGUCACCCGCCUGCUGCAGGAGAGCCCAAGGUUUCUUCCUCUUCCGUGCUUCCCACCCCCCAAGCCCAGCCCCGCCGCUCCGCCGCCCGCACCCCCCAGCGCUGCAGCCGCGGAGCGCAGCGGGGCCGCCCGGGGCUGCGUACGGCGAGCGGCGGCCAAUGGGCGGGGAGGGCUCGGGGGGAGGUGGGGCUUGCGGGCGGCGGAGCCAAUGCGAAGCGAGCCAGCGGGCCAGCGUUCAAGAGGAGGGGGAGGGUCCGAGCGGAGCCGAGCGCAGCCGAACCGAGCCGAGUCCAGCCAGGCGCAGCCGAACCGAGCCGAACGAGAGGAGCCGAACCGAGCCGAGUCCAGCCGAGAGCGGCCGAACCGAGCCGAGUCCAGCCGGGAGCAGCAGAACCGAGCCGUGUCCAGCCGAGAGCGGCCGAACCGAGCCGAACGAGCGCAGCCGAACCGAGCCGAGUGCAGCCGAGAGCAGCCGAACCUUGCCGAGUCCAGCCGAACCGGGUCGAACGAGCGGAGCCUAGUCCAGCCGAGCGGAGGCCAACGAACCCAGCCGAGCGGAGCCGAGCGCAGCCGAUCCCAGCCGAGAGCAGCCGAACCGAGCCGAGUCCUGCCGAACCGAGCCGAGCGCAGCCGAACGGAGCCGAAGCGGAGCAUGGAGGACUCGAAGCGCAGCCGGGAGUUCCGGCACUUCACCUGGGAGGAGAUCGGGCAGCGGAACGGCCGGGGCCCGGCGCCCCAGGAGCGCUGGUUGGUGAUCGAGAGAAAGGUGUACGACAUCAGCCACUUCUGCAGGAGGCACCCGGGAGGGUCCCGGGUCAUCAGCCACUACGCCGGGCAGGACGCCACGGAUCCUUUCAUAGCGUUUCAUCUGGACAAGACGCUGGUAAAAAAAUACAUGAGCCCGCUUUUGAUUGGGGAACUGGCACCGGAUCAACCCAGCUUUGAGCCAAGCAAGAAUAAAAAGCUGGUAGAAGAUUUCCGUGAACUCCGUUCAACUGUUGAGAAGAUGGGGCUUCUAAACCCGAACCGCGCCUUUUUCAUCCUGUAUCUCUGCCACAUCUUAAUGUUGGAUGUUGCAGCUUGGCUCACCAUCUGGUAUUUUGGAGCAUCCACGCUGUCUUUCCUCUUGUCUGCAGUGCUUCUAGGCACAGUCCAGGCCCAGGCUGGCUGGCUCCAGCAUGAUUUUGGACACCUUUCAGUCUUCAGCAAGUCCAGAUGGAACCACUGGGUGCACAAGUUUGUCAUCGGCCACCUGAAGGGAGCACCAGCCAGCUGGUGGAAUCACCUCCACUUCCAACACCAUGCUAAACCCAACUGCUUCCGAAAGGACCCUGAUGUUAACAUGCACCCCUUAUUUUUUGCUUUGGGAAAAACACUCUCUGUAGAGCUUGGUGCACAAAAGAAGAAAUUCAUGCCUUAUAACCACCAGCACAAGUACUUCUUCAUCAUUGGUCCUCCAGCUCUGGUGCCUCUUUACUUCCAGUGGUACAUAUUCUACUUUGUGGUACAGCGGAAACAGUGGGUGGACCUGGCCUGGAUGCUGACCUUCUACAUCCGAUUCUUUCUCACCUACUUGCCCUUGCUGGGAGUGAAGGGUGUCCUGGGGCUUCAUCUGUUAGUUAGGUUUAUAGAGAGUAACUGGUUUGUCUGGGUUACACAAAUGAAUCACAUCCCGAUGCACAUUGAUUAUGAUAAGAACGUGGACUGGUUCUCUACCCAGCUCCAGGCAACCUGUAAUGUUCAUCAGUCCUUUUUCAAUGACUGGUUUAGUGGACACCUGAACUUCCAAAUCGAGCACCACCUUUUCCCUACAAUGCCUCGACACAACUACUGGAAGGUGGCCCCUUUGGUGAAGUCCCUGUGUGCCAAACAUGGUAUUGAGUACCAGUGCAAGCCAUUGCUCACCGCCUUUGCGGACAUAGUGCACUCUUUGAAAGAUUCAGGGGAGCUCUGGCUUGAUGCCUAUCUACAUAAAUAAGAAGCAGUGGCUCCUCACAGAGGAAUUCCCCACCCUUGUUGCCUCCUGUGGUGGUCACCAUGAAGAUAUUGCACAGAAGAGAGAGAGCUGGCUAAGCCAGAGGUGGGGAGGUGGUGCAGCUUAAUUCCAUUGAUGAAUGUAAUUAAUAUGAUUUUUUUAAAUAUGUGUUCUUAUUUCUUCUUGUGCUUCUUUUAUUCCUCUUAUCUGGCGCUGAGUUUUGGGGAAAAGCUGAAUGAAGGAGGUUACCAGAGGCAGCUUUGGGACUGCGAACAAAUUCCUUUAUCUGCUGAUACUUCAUUUGCUGAGUAUAUAGGAGGGAAUUCUCUUAUCUAACAUAGGCUUUUGUGAGGUGGCUCUCCUGAAUAUAGUAAGAAAGUUGAUGCAAUAUGAACUCAAAGAACGUGGGAGUUAUUGAAAUGUGGAAGCAGUAAGGAAUUGUGUAGGUGCAGUAUUUUCAAAUACCUCUAUGUAUUAUAAUUAACAAUGGCAGUAGAAGUGCCCGGCCAAGGGCGCAGUGGGGACCAUGUGAGGGCCCAGACCAAUUUGCAUGUAUGUGAGUGAGAUGGAGAAGGUGCAGGCAGCAGUUCUAAGGGAGUAAGCAUGAGGAAAAGGAUCUAAUUGGAACCUUAAUGGAGGCAGGGAAACAGGAAAGUGGAGGUUGUUCCCCUUGCAUGUAGAUAUGAGAGCUCGGCAUGCCAUAUUCUAUGGGAAUGCAUCUCUUCUGUGGUGAAGGCCUCUGGUUUAUUUGCCCAUUUGAAACCUCUCAUGGAGUCUCUGGGAGUGCCAUACCUCUGAGUGUUAUUGAACCUGUUACUGCAAGUCAGAAGGGACAGAAAUAUGGCGCAUCCACGCUCAGGACCCCUGCAACGGUGAUUAAGGAAGCAAAAGGGUCAUCGGUCCAUGGUCAUCUGAAGCUUCACUCUUUUUGGAGAGCUUUGUUGACUUCUGGCCCAGGUUGUAGGACCGUGUUCCUGUCUGAGUUGCAGUUAAGUUUAAUGAAGAAGUAAAAGCAUCAGAGGUUGGGCUACAGUGUAGACGCAUUUGACUUUUCAAGCAGCAGAAGUCAGCAGGCUCCGUACCUGUAGGCACACAUCAGCCAGUAUGUGGCUGAUCUUUGCUGGAUGAUGUGCCUUCACAACACACCUCAGGCUGAUCUUUGCUGGAUGAUGUGCCUUCACAACACACCUCAAGAGGGCAUGUGAUGUUCAGGGACAUGAAUUAGCCUUACCACAUUUCCUGGGGUCUUUUCAUUUACAAUACUGAUGUUACAGAUGCCAAAUCGGGAUAUAGCACCUGGCAUAACACUAAGGAGGGCAGCUCCUUAGUUCCCUCAGUGACGGGUGGCUUAGUCUCCAGAAGGGAUGGCUUAAUUUUGAGGAAAAGAUGGUGCUUUUUCUGAUCAACAUCCAAAAAGAGGAUGGCUUGUGAGGGGAUGGAAGAAAUGUAUCUUCCUAAGCCACGAGUGGUGUUAAGCACAGAAUAAAAUUGUAAUGGAAAUAAUAAAAUAAUGAUUAAAUCAUUGAUACCCUUUGAUAAAGACCAUAAAGAAAAUGGGCCUUACUUACUUUUUUAACCUUGUUUUUCCUGCUCCAUUUCUUUCCCUCUUAUUUCUAGAACUGUUGAUGGAGGAAUGUCUAAUAAUAAAAUACCUUAUCU